GCCUUGGCUUUCUCCCCGGGGGCGGCGCGCCGGCCGUGCGGCGCGUAUAUAAGCGCGCGCCCCUCGGCCACAAGCACACCGCCCCAGCAGCACCAGUCGUCUGUUUGCAGCUCCGCCAUCCGCCCCACAGCCACAACAUGAACUCGAUGAUCCUGGUCGUCGCCCUGUGCGCAGCCGUGGCCGUGGCCCUGCCGCGCCCCGACGCCGAGCUGCGCCCCGGCGUCAUCCCCGUGCUGCAGCGCACCGACGUCCGCGACGACGUGGGCCAGUUCUCCCUCUCAUACCUGUCUGGUGACGGCACCUCCGUGAGCGAGCAGGGCGCCCUGAAGCCCACCGCCGACCACAAGGACCACGUGCUGGUGAAGCAGGGCUCCUACCAGUACACCUCCCCCGAGGGCGAGCUCAUCAAGGUCACCUACGUCGCUGACGAGGGCGGCUUCCGCCCCGAAGGCUCCCAUAUUCCCGUUGCGCCCGUCGCCACCACCGCCUAAGACCCUCGCUACGCCAUGACACCCCACGACACCCCACACACACUAGCUUGUAAUUAGUCUGUAGUAAUAAAAA